UUUUUCCUUGCCCCUUUCCCAUUGGCGGAGCCCUGGCAACCAGGGCUGAGGCGGGGUGUUAGCCUGCUCCCUAUUGGUGCAGCCCUGCUGACACGUUGUCAGCCGCACUCUCCUUGGCUGAGAGCCAUGGGCGCCAUUGUGGGCGACGAGGGCACGCGGCCCCAGUCCUGAGGUGGUUGCCAGAGGGCGGCCAUGUUGCCCGUGCCCUCCUGCGGGGACUGGUGGGGCGCCCGCACGAUGCCGCCCACCGUCCUCCUCGAGUGCCUCCUUCCCAACGGGAUGCUGGUGCCCCUGGAGAGCCCCCGCGAGGCCUCGCUGCUGUCCGUGAAGCGCCGGCUCUUCCGCGAGGCCCGGAAAUACCCGCUUCCCCACCUCCUCCGCGACGCCGCCUGCUACGUCUUCGUGGGCGUCACGCAGGACGCCGCCCGGGAAGAGUUUUUCGACGAGGCGCGGCGGCUCUGCGACCUGCGGCUCUUUCGGCCCUUUCUCCAAGUGGUCGAACCCGCCGGCGACCGGGACGAGAAGAUGCUGAACCGGGAGAUCGGGCUGGCCGUCGGCACGCCCGUCCGCGAGCUGGAGGCGUCGAGGGACCCGGAAGUGCGGGACUUCCGCAGGAACGUCCUGAACGUCUGCCGGGAGGCCGCCGAGCGGCGAGGGGCCGACGCGCCUCGCAGCCGGGCUUUGUACGCUUGGCCUCCCCGCGUCCACGCGUCGCCUGAGCUGCCCCGGCCCCUGUACGACAAGCUAGACGAAGGGCAAAUGGUAGUGGCCGUAUGGGUCGUAGCCUCCCUGAAUAACAAGCAGAAAUACCCCGUAAAAAUCAGCCAUGACUGCGUGCCCGAGCACGCGAUCGCCGAAGCAGUCAGGGCGCAAACACGAAGCGCGUCGCUGUCACCUGAGCAACUGAAACGCCGCGUCUUGAAGUACCAGGAUAAGUACGUUUUAAAAGUGUGCGGCUGUGAUGAAUACUUGCUAGAAAGGUAUCCUCUCAGCCAGUAUAAGCACAUCAGAAACUGCAUCAUGGUUGGCCUCGUGCCCAACCUGAUGCUGAUGUCCAAAGAAAGCCUGUAUGCCCGGCUGCCGUCGGAUAGCUUUACCAUCCCGUCUUGUCCCAGAGGUGUUUCUACGCCUACCCCGUACACGAAUGCAGAAGUUUCCGCCAAAUCCCUCUGGUCUAUAAACAGUGGUCUCAGAAUAAGAAUCUUCUGUGCCACGUACGUCAAUGUAAAUACACGAGACGUGGACAAGAUAUACGUCCGAACGGGUAUCUAUCACGGGGGUGAACCGUUAUGCGACAACGUGAAAACUCGAAGGGUGCCUUGUUGCCGUCCGAGAUGGAACGAAUGGCUGUCGUAUGACCUGUACGUUCCUGAUCUCCCCCGUGCCGCUCGCCUUUGCCUCUCCCUCUGCUCUGUCAAAGGCAGGAGGGGUGCGAAAGAGGAACAUUGCCCACUGGCUUGGGGAAACGUGAACAUGUUUGAUUACACGCACACUCUCGUAUCGGGGAAAAUGGCUUUGAGUCUGUGGCCAGUGCCACAUGGGCUGGAAGAUCUGCUGAAUCCUAUUGGCAUGACUGGGUCCAAUCCAAGCAAGGAAACUCCGUGUCUAGAGCUGGAGUUUGAUAGUUUUGGCGGCCCUGUCAAGUUUCCAGACAUGACGGUGAUUGAAGACCAUGCCAGCAGGGCUGUCUCUCUGGAACUCGGGUGUAACUACAGCCGUAUGGAGCUGACUAACAGGCUAGCUAAAGGUUUUGAAGUAAGAGAAAGCGACAAAGAACAACUCCGUGCACUUAGCGCAAGAGACCCGCUUUCCGAAAUCACUGAGCAAGAGAAGGACUUUCUUUGGAGCCACAGAUAUAGUUGUGGAAACAUCCCAGAAAUUCUGCCCAAGCUGCUUUUGUCCGUGAAAUGGAACUCGAGAGAUGAAGUAGCCCAGAUGUAUUGCCUGAUAAAAGACUGGCCCCUAAUCAAGGCAGAACAGGCAAUGGAGCUUUUGGACUGUAAUUAUCCUGAUCCUGUGGUGCGAUCGUUUGCCAUUCAGUGUUUGGAGAAGUGCUUGACCGAUGACCAGCUGUCUCAGUACUUAAUCCAGCUGGUACAGGUUCUGAAAUACGAGCAAUACUUAGAUAAUCUGCUGGGGAGAUUUUUGCUCCAGAAAGCACUGACCAAUCAAACAAUAGGACAUUUUUUCUUUUGGCAUUUAAAGUCUGAAAUGCACAAUACAAGUGUGAGGCAGAGAUUUGGAUUGCUUUUGGAGUCCUACUGUCGCGCAUGCGGGAUGUACCUAAAGCACCUGCGCAGGCAGGUGGAAGCCAUGGAGAAACUAACUCACCUUACUGAUAUUCUCAAGCAGGAGAAGAAAGAUGAAGCACCGAAGGCACAAAUGAAGUUUCUCGUUGAACACAUGAGGCGACCAGAUUUCAUGGAAGCUUUGCAAGAUUUUAUCUCUCCUCUUAACCCUGCCCUUCGGCUAGGGAACCUCAGGCUUGAGGAGUGCAGGGUUAUGUCCUCUGCAAGAAGGCCUCUCUGGCUAAACUGGGACAACCCAGAUAUUAUGGCUGAACUGUUGUUUCAGAACAAUGAGAUCAUCUUUAAAAACGGGGAUGACUUACGUCAGGACAUGCUAACGCUUCAGAUUAUUCGAAUUAUGGAAAACAUCUGGCAAAAGGAAGGUCUUGAUCUUCGGCUGCUGCCUUAUGGCUGUUUGUCUAUCGGCGACCGCGUGGGCCUUAUCGAGGUGGUCAGAAGCUCUUAUACAAUCAUGCAGAUUCAGUGCAAAGGAGGCCUAAAGGGCGCGCUGCAGUUCAGCAGCCACACGCUACAUCAGUGGCUCAAAGACAAGAACCAAGGAGCGGCGUACGACGCAGCGAUCGACUUGUUCACGUGCUCCUGCGCCGGCUAUUGCGUCGCUACCUUCAUACUGGGCAUCGGUGACCGUCACAAUAGCAACAUCAUGGUGAAGGAUGACGGGCAGCUGUUUCACAUCGAUUUUGGGCACUUCCUGGAUCACAAGAAGAAAAAAUUUGGCUACAAGCGAGAGCGCGUGCCAUUUGUCCUCACGCAAGAUUUCUUACUCGUGAUUAGUAAAGGAAACCAAGACUGUACCAAAACGCGGGAGUUUGAAAGGUUUCAAGAGAUGUGCUAUAAAGCUUACUUAGCAAUUCGGCAGCAGGCCAAUCUCUUCAUCAAUCUCUUCUCCAUGAUGCUCGGCUCGGGCAUACCGGAAUUGCAGUCUUUUGAUGACAUUGCUUACGUUCGAAAGACGCUCGCCUUGGACAGAACUGAGCAGGAAGCUCUGGACUAUUUCACAAAACAGAUGAACGAUGCUCACUACGGCGGCUGGACGACAAAAAUGGACUGGGUCUUCCACACGAUAAAGCAACAUGCCUUGAACUGAAGUGAAAGCAAAGAGGACCAAAACCAAUAGCCAGCUUUUAGGGCUGCGCCGCUAACACCUGUUGGAUUGGAGUCACACAAACCACGAAUGACGUUAGAAGUUAUAGCAAGAACAGAGGCAGUUUUCCAAAGGGCUUCACACACGUUUAGUAGGCUCUUUAACUUCAUGUUAUGCUUUAAACCCAACAAAAGGGUUUGGAAGUUUUUCCUGUUUCUGGUUUUUUGAUUAAAGGAUCAUUUGGCAGGAGGAGGAAGAGUGCCAGCAUCAGAGGCCGUCCGUGACGUGCUACAGCAAGAGCUCUGGUUCGGGAGGUGGAGACAACACCGCGUUUCUAAUGAGUGGAAAGGGAACUUCUCGUUUCCCUUGGCUAUUUAGAUGCUGCGUAUCUGGAAGGAGAGGAGUUUUAAGGGCAGAACUGUUAAAAAUAAUAGCGAGGGAACCACAGUGCCUUUAACUGUAUUCACACACAUCCUGUUUGGGGUUUAACUGAACCUUUUCGUUCUGGGGGCUGUUGUCUGCUUGGUUUUUGAAAGCAGUGUGAAAUACGCCCGAUACGUACCAGGUUUUCCCCUGGGCCGUAUUUGUACAGGGGGAAAUAAAACAUCCUGGUGUUCGCUUCGGGCUCGAUUGAAUUGAACGUGAACUGAACAGGCAAUUUCACGCGUGUUCGGAGCCUAAAGACCAGUUAUUAAAAUUGUUUAAUUAAAA